AUGGCCGUCAGCCCUGAUGGUGAUGGUGUGUUGGCUGCUGGUACUUUCUCUAGGCACGUUGGACUCUAUGAUUCGAACGGAACUGGUCAAUCUCUGGGCACAUUUAGCAUUGCAAGGACCGAAGCGGACCGCUAUAUUGGUGGCCGAGGAGUUACUCAACUUGUUUGGAGCCCUUGUGGGAGAUAUCUUUACAUCGCAGAAAGGAAGAGUGACGGGGUUUUAAUAUACGACAUUCGAGUCACGGGACAGUUGCUUGGCUGGCUUGAAGGCCGUAAUGCCAUCACUAAUCAGCGAAUGAAAAUUGACAUAGUGCCAACUCGACAGGGCGAAUCACAUGAAAUCUGGGCUGGAGGAACUGAUGGAUAUAUGAGACUGUGGAGAGAUCCAGUGUCCUCUGCUGGACCGCGAAAGCCAGCUUGGGAAUGGAAGGUUCAUGAUGGUGAGCAGCAACUAUCCAUAAAUAUAGAAGCCAAGUAUGCUUAUACUCUAUAG